AAUAUAAAGAUUACACGUCUAGGGUUCAUUCAGAUCCGGUAAGCCGUAAGCAUACUAUAAAUGCUCAUCGUUUCCUUCCUGCGUACGAUAGAGAAGUGACCUAGCAAGGCGCGAAUGCUGCAAUUCGCUUGCUCUCGCCAGUAGUGUAGCGGCAACAGCCCUUAACAAGGAUAACUGCAGUCAGAGACCGUAAAACUUCCUCGAUCAAGGCUUGGAGACUCUUCAUCGCUGGCUUCGCUCUAUGGAUCUUGACGCGUACUCCGGCUCCUCGAUCGCCAACAAAAUAGAAGCAGACAAGGUUGUGCUUUGUGAUGCCAUGGAUUGUGACGGAGAUGAAGGUCCAACUGAAGUUUUGAUCAGCAGCAAGAAGAUGGACGUGGUAAGCAAGGAAAAUCGAAAGGAAGGAAAAGCAAAAUUGAGUUAUUUAUUCAGAACUCCAAGGUUAUUCAUCACAGGUUCCCUAGAUAGUGUUGAUCCUCUCAAGAGUUCGGUAACAGGAUCAGUUAAUUCAAACAUUGUUAAUAGUUCGAAUUCUGACUUGUCCUAUCAUGAUAAUGAAGAGGAUGCCAAUGAUACCGAUGAUUAUGUUGAUGAGGAUGAUGCCUCAUAUGAUGACAAUGAUGCUUACUACUAUGAAGAUGAGUAUUCUAUGAUGCAAUCCCAAUUUGAUAAUGUUGAUCUUCCACCUGGGGUAGAGGCGUCACUUCCUUGGUUGAAGGACAAUAAUAUCACAUCUGCCACAAGCACAUCAACUUGUCCUAUUGGAAGCAAUAUAAAAACAAGUGGUAUAGCCACUUCUGAAAGUGUAAAGAAGGCAUUCGUUUCCAAUAAUCCAGAAGACAAUGGUGCAAUCAAAUUGACUGAAGUCUUGACAGGCACUUCGUCUGUCUCUGCCGAAUCAAGUUCCAAUGGGCAAGUACAAGGCAAUGAUACUUCUCAAAAAGUUCAGGAUUUUAAACAAUUUGACAUUGUCAAUGAUUUUUCAGAUCAUCACUUUAGUGGCAUGGGUAUAACAGAGGCGAAGCCACCAAAGAAUUGGGCAAAAAAAAUUCAAGAAGAGUGGAAAAUUCUUGAGAAGGAUCUGCCAGACACAAUAUUUGUUAGAGUUUAUGAGGCAAGGAUGGAUCUUUUGAGGGCAGUCAUUAUUGGACCUGCUGGUACUCCUUACCAUGAUGGUCUUUUUGUCUUUGACUGUCUCUUUCCUCCUAAGUAUCCAGACGUGCCACCGAUGGUGUACUACUAUUCUGGGGGCCUCCGAUUGAAUCCAAAUUUGUAUGAAUGUGGGAAAGUCUGCCUGAGUCUUUUGGGUACCUGGUCUGGUAAAGAGACUGAGAUGUGGAGACCGAAGGAAUCAACCAUGUUACAAGUUUUAGUCUCUGUACAAGCUCUGAUUCUUAAUACGAAACCCUUCUUUAAUGAGCCUGGGCAUGAAUCACAAUAUGUUGGGGCAGAAGGGGAGAGAGCAUCCGAGCGGUACAAUCAGGAUACUUUUAUAUUUUCCUUAAAGACAAUGAUGUAUACAAUCAGAAGGCCACCAAAGUAUUUUGAAGAGUUUGUUGCCAAUCAUUUCCGCAAUCGAGCUCUUGAUAUUUUGGUAGCAUGCAAAGCAUACAGGGAGGGUGCCACGGUUGGAACUAUUGUGGUUAGAGAUGGGAUUCCAUUUGUCAAUGAAGUUGGAAAGAGCUAUUCUGGUGAUGAAUUUAAGGCCUGCACAAUUGGUGUUGUUAAAAAGAGCAUUUCUCGUGAAUUUUUGUCAUCGCUGGGCAAGAUGAUCAAUAUUCUCAUUACUAACUUUACUAAAAAUGGGUCAACAGAUUGUGAGCAGUUCCGAGUUGCUGUUUAAAACAUUGUGGUUCGGGAGCUGAUUGCACGGGGCAGGCAUUUAGAUCUGAAGUCAUUAUUAUUACUCUUCCAAUAAUUGAUGUUCCAUUACCCCCAAAGCCAUGGUAGAUAUUUUUGGGAUUCUAGUUAGAUGUACAGUUUGAAGGGAAUGAUGUAAGACUUUUUGCUAGAACUACUUAAUUGCUUCUAAUAUAUACAUAUAAUUUAAAUAUUAUUGCGGUGUUUA